UUCUUCUGCGGGCUUCAUGUGGACGCCAUCACGGAUCGGUACACUGGGGGGUUCGCCAUGAUUCGGAGCUUCAUCUGUCAGCUGCUCUGCCAAUUCGACUUUGGCGAGAAGCUGUCCGCCUCCGUUGUGACGAGGGAGCUGGUUCAGCAUGGCGAUAUCAACGAGCUGUGCAGGUUGUUUGAGUGGCUGGUUCACCUGCUGCCGAGUUAUGUCGUGUUGGUGUGCCUUAUUGACGGCAUUUUGUACUAUGAGCGGCCCGAGUUUCUUGGGAGUAUGGAA